CAAUGAAUUGUACAUAUCUGGAGGUAAGGAGACACAACAUGAUGUCUGGAAAUACAACGGGGUCCUGGACGAGUGGAUCCAAUUCCAAACCCUGGCCUAUGAUCCCUUUCACAAUCGCUGGACACAGUAAGUACAGUAAGUACCGAUGGAUCUAUGUGAUUGGUGGCGUUCCGAAUGGAAAGCUGGCAACCGAUAAGGUUCAGUGCUGGGAACCUGGGAUAGACAGCUGGGAAAUGCGGGCACCCAUUCCCAUCGAAACCAAAUGCACAAAUGCUGUUACAUUCAAGAACUGCAUCUAUGUGGCUGUUUCUGGACAGUCUCCAACAUAUGGCCUCCUGGGGAAAAAUUUCUACCUGAAGCCAGACAUUGCUGAAUAUCCUGAUGAUAUUCUGUGGAAACAUAAUGGCAGCAAAGUGGUAGAGUUUAAUGGCAAAGAGGAAACAGUGUAUGGCUUCUAUCAAGGGCGGGUCACUCUUGACUGGAUCAACGCAGAACUAAAUAUGACAGACCUCAGAUAUGAAGACAGUGGAGAAUAUGAAUUGGAAACAUACAAGAACAAAGAGUUGCGUACUCGAUAUUAUAAAUUAGAGGUCAUAGACAAGGUUACCAAUCCCACCAUAUCCUGUGACAUGACUGAUGGCAAAUCUGAUGAACAUGGAACCAAGGCAACGCUGAUGUGCUCUGCAAAUCCCACACGCCCUCAGUCCUUAAUGAAGUUAGAGUGGGUUGGAAACGUGCAGUCUGGCCCAAAUUUAACAAUAACUCUGGAGGGUGAAGAUGAUGAUAAAAAAUACACUUGUAGGGUGAGCAACCCUCUGACUUCUGCAACAGCAACAUUCAUUGCAAAGGAUUGCUACUCUGGCGGAAGUUCAACUGCUGCACUGGCUGUUAGCCUAUCCAUCAUCAUCUUAAUUGCACUAGCCCUUGUGGUUGGGGGCAUAUUGUUCUGCAAAAAAACCAGAAAAGCAUGUUUCGGGGAAAAAAAUGGAGAUGAUGUGGAAACACCACUGCCAGGUGGUGAAAAAGGAGAGUCAGAUAAGGAGACCACUCCUGAGAACGAAUCUAGGCCUCUUCUGUCCAGAGAAGCCACACUCCCCUCUUCUCAGCAACUUCGCCAUCUGGGCCAAAAUAAUGAGAACUUGAAGCCUGAUGUCCCUCUUAGUGAUCCCAAAGAAGACACAGACGCACACUUGGUCAAAGGGCGUGUCCAAGAACUUAAGAGGAAAUUUGAACCAGGUGAAGGUGAACAGACUUUGCCUCCAGAUACACACACAGAGUCCAAAGAGAGUGAGGAAGAACACUCUCCCCCUGCAAAUGGCAUGUCUCCCCCCACUGCUCAGCCACACUUGUCUUUGACCCAGAACUCUCCCGAUAAGGAAACUAAGGACACUGCUGAUGAACACAAGGAAGAUGCCCAGUCAGAUCAGGUUAAUGAAGAAACGUCAGGGAAAAAUGUCAGAGAAUCCGACUCAGCAGGCUCAGAGCAAAGAAAUGAAUCAGACGAGACUAGUGAGGAGAAACAGUCGCCCACUGUUUCUGAACAGAAUAGUUCAGAAACGGCUUUACAUGAGCAAAAGUCAAAGUUGUCAGGGGAAGAAAAACACACAAGAGAAGAUGAUCAGCAACAAGUGUACACAGCAGGUUCUGAAGGUAAAAGUGACGCAGGUAGUGAAGGUGAAAGCCCCACACCCCAUGCAGAUCAAAAAACAGGAAUCAAGACCAGGCAUGACUUAGAUGAGCCAGGCAGCAGCACAGCAGAUGCAGGACAGGUUGAGCAUGAAGUUGGAAUUGCUGAAAAAAGUGAAGGGCGUGUCCAAGAACCUAAGAGGAAAUUUGAACCAGGUGAAGGUGAACAGACUUUGCCUCCAGAUGCACAAACAGUGUCUGAUAAGAAUAAGGAAGAACACUCUCCCCCUGCAAAUGGCAUGUCUCCUCCUACUGCUCAGCCACGCUCGACUUUGACCCAGAACUCUCCCGAUAAGGGAACUAAGGACACUGCUGAUGAACACAAGGAAGAUGCCCAGUCAGAUCAGGUUAAUGAAGAAACGUCAGAGAAAAAUGUCACAGAAUCCGACUCAGCAGGCUCAGAGCAAAGAAAUGAAUCAGACAACUCUAGUGUGGAGAAAGAGUCGUCCACUGUUCCUGAACAGAAUAGUUCAGAAACGGCUUUACAUGAGCAAAAGUCAAAGUCGUCAAUGGAAGAAACACAAACAAUGACAAAAGAUGAUCAGCUAAAAAUGAACAGAGAAGGUUCUGAAGAUAAAAGUGAAGCAGGUAGUGAAGGUGAAAGCCCCACACAGACAGAACCAGACAACACUAAAACCAAAACUUUUCAAGAGUCUGUAAACACACCCCAUGCACAUCAAGAAACAGGAAUCAAGACCAGGCAUGACUUAGAUGAGCCAGGCAGCAGCACAGCAGAUGCAGAUCAGGUUGAGCAUGAAGUUGGAACUGCUGAAAAAAUUGAAGGGCGUGUCCAAGAACUUAAGAAGAAAUUUGAACAAGGUGAAGGCGAAAAGACUUUGCCUCCAGAUGCACAAACAGGUGUUGGAACUAGUAAAAAAAACUGAGGACCACUAUGACCAAAAACAAGAAAAACCAGGCAACAAGAACCUUUAAUACCAGUAUGCUAACUAAACAGGUAAUGCAAGUAAAACAGAGCAAUCUUUAUACACAGUGAAUGUCAGAUGUGAGAUUGGUUGAACCUGAAAUGACACUACGGAAAUGACAGUUUAUAGGAAGUGGCGGCAGGAGCACACUAAUUCUUAAAAGGUUUUAAUGACUUGGCUUCACUAAUGACACUAAUGACUAAUAUAUUUAGCUUUCAGUUUAUAAACUCUAAUCUUUUGAAUCCCAUGCCAUGACCUUUGGUUUUAUUCAUAAUGAAGGUGCUACUACAGCUAAUUUGUAAUAUAAAUAUUAUAAUAUAAAAAAGUGACUGUGACAAGAGAAAUGCUCCCCUUUAAGACUCAAAUUACCUCAUAUAACCCCUAUGUAUGCUUUUAAAGAUCAAUCAUUAUCAUAUAUCUGUUGUUCUAUAUUUUGUAUCUGAAAAAUUUCAGAGCUCUUUGCUUAGCAGGGAUUGUUUUGUGCUUUGUUUUUCUUCUGCUGUAGUUUUUGCUGAUGUUUUGGAAAACUACGUUUUGAUGUUUUACUGUUAAAGUGUAUAGUAUGUGGGUUUUGUAUUAAGAGCUCAGAUUCCUGUGUCUGUGAAGUGUGAAACAAAUAUAUAUUUGGAGCCAAAAUGUU